CAUGCUUUCGGAGUCUGAGUCUGAAUCCCAACGGUCUCUCCAAUGGCUUAGGAACUAUGUGGAGAAAGCCAAAAAGGGGAGGGAACAUGCUUUCGACAUCAGAGCAGCAUGCCUGAAGCAUGUUGAGAGAUCCCAAAAAAAUGGGAACAACAACAAGAAAGGGUCAGUGGCAGGCAUUCAGAAAUCUGCCAAUCAAUAUGAAAUGUUGAGGAAGGAAGAAGAGUUUUCUGAAUACACAGCCUUCAGGUACGCGGAAAAGAAAAGGGCAAGGGAACACGGCCUGACAGACAAGGACAAAACAGUCCCGAACACCAUUGACUCAUUCCAGGAUCUGCGUCCGAAGAAAUGGAAGACCACAAAAAAUAAAACAAAAAAGGAACCACACUCAGAUCCAAAAGCACAGGAGACAGAAUCCGAAGAGGAAUCUGCACGGGUCGUACUGGAGAAAGAGGUGGCUGUGGUGGUGGCUCAGAUAGAGAAGUUGAUCAAGCUGAACGCGGAGUACACCCCGGAAUUCACCUCCCUCCAGCACAUCGCAAACGGCAAAGCCCCCCAUGUGGUGGAAUCGGCCAAAUCAGCAAGGCUCACCUUGGUGGGGACCCGCCCACUGAUAGCAGCCAGGUACAUCGAGAAGGAGGCCGAGUGGCAAGUGGCUACAGAUGUCUCCUUCACGAUCCCCCGGGUCGAAGAAGGCCAGAAUGUAGCCAAAAUCUUGCAAGAGGAGGUAACGGAAACCUUCCCUCUGGAUCUGUAUGAGACAUUGGACACAGACAGCCAGUCGGAAGUCAGCUCCUCACAAGCAGAGCAGGGAGAGCAGCAGGACCAGCAGAUGGAGGAAGGGCGGCACAUGCCGGGUGCCUUCUCCCCUGUAAUCGCCAAAAUGCCAGUCAACACCAAACUGAAAAGUGGUAUGAUGUGGAGACCAUGGAGGACAGUUGCAGCAAUACCGUACAACGUGCUAGCUGACCCUGGCAUCCCAGCGGAGUUGCUGGCAGCCUCAGUAGCACAACUUUUGAGCACGGGAACACUCCGUGGUGGCAGCAACCUAGAAACAAGAGCCUUCCAUAUAGAUCUCGACAGAUUUUACAGGAGCGACUGCUCAGACGAUGAGGACAAAGAAUGGCACGAAGAAGAAGAAGAGGGCAGUGACCGAAAGCCGAUUACGUCCUCGGAUCAGGGAGUCAGUUAAAGCAUGGGAGAAUACAAGAUGGAUGACACACCGUCCAAGACACAGCAGGACCCGUCGGAUGCUACCAUAUCCGCCAUGGAGGCCACAGAUCCGGACCCCUCCUAGACAUCCUAUUCCUCCGUCGUCAGCCAAAUUAACCCCCCAAUCCCCCGAUGAUUGAAAUCUUCAGAAGUAGGGCUAACGCAAAGGAGGACUGGGUGGACUGGAAAACACAAGGGAUAGUUAUCAAAAGCAAAAACAUUAAUGGACUCGGCAAUAUUUUGGACAAAGAAGAAAAAAUGACUGAUAUAAUCGAAGGACUAACAAUUCGACCAAAUAAACCAGUUGACAUAAC